AUGAGGUCUCUUGCAGCAGUAGUGGUUGUGCCCUUGGUCGUUGUGGUCGCCCUGGCCGUUGUCAGUGUGCCGAUAGCCUCCUCCACUGUGGCCGGCGUGGCCCCGACCUCGGCGCCGUGGGUCACCAUCACCAACAUCGGCGACCCCUUGUACCAGCAGGUGGCCAACUUCGCGCUGCUGAUCCACACGUUUGUGUUCAAGGAGAAGCUCAGUCUCGUGCAGGUGGUCUCCGGGAGCGUGCAGGCCAUCGGCGUCGGCAACAACUACAGCCUCCUGCUGCGGGCGGCGAACGGCACGGGGAGCGUCGGCAGGUACCUGACGGAGGUAUGGGGCGUGCCCGGGUCGACGGAGAGGACGUGGAAGGUGCUCUCGUUCGAGCGCGUCGCCGGGAACUGA